CAGCCCCGAACGGCGCCUCUUAGCUCUGGGGCCACCGCGGCAGCGCCACUCUGCCAGGCUUCCCGCCUUCGGCCGUGCGGUGUGCCGCCUGGCCGCCCCUUACCGGCGUGGUGCCAGCCGGCGCGGGCUCAGGGCGGACCAUGAGCCCGCGGAGCCCGCCGCCCGCCCGCUGGCUCUGCCUGCUGGCCGGCGCCCUUGCCUGCGCCCUCCGCCCCGCGAGCGGCUGGGCAUAUGAGCUGCAGUGGGAGGUGUGCGACUAUGUACAGAUGAUCGAGGCGGAGCGCAAGCAGUGCCUGGAGGAUGCCCAGCUGGAGGACGACAUAGAAGGCUGCAGCAAGAUGUGGGACAACCUCACCUGCUGGCCGGCCACCCCUCGGGGCCAGGUGGUCGUCUUGGCCUGCCCCUUCAACCUCUCCCCCAUUCAAGACCGCAACGUGAGCCGAAGCUGCACUGAGGAGGGCUGGACACACCUGGAGCCUGGCCCCUACCCUGACGCCUGUGGCUUCGAUGAUAAGGAGUCAGGUUUGGAUGAGCAGCAGCUGAAAAUGUUCUACAGUUCUGUGAAGAUUGGCUACACCACUGGCUACAGUUUGUCCCUCGCCACCCUUCUGGUCGCCAUGGCCAUCUUGAGCCUGUUCAGGAAGCUGCACUGCACACGGAACUAUAUCCAUAUGCACCUCUUCAUGUCCUUCAUCCUGAGGGCUGUCUCCGUCUUCAUCAAGGAUUUGAUCCUCUUUGACGACACGGAGUCGGACAACUGCUCUGAAGGCUCCGUGGGCUGUAAGGCAGCCGUGGUCUUAUUCCAGUACUGUGUCAUGGCCAACUUCUUCUGGCUGCUGGUGGAGGGCCUCUACCUACACACCCUGCUUGUGGUCUCCUUCUUCUCCGAGCGGAAGUACUUCUGGGGGUACAUACUCAUCGGCUGGGGGUUGCCCAGCAUAUUCAUUAUGGCGUGGACCAUCAUCAGGAUCUAUUUUGAGGAUCACGGAUGCUGGGACAUCAUCAACUCCUCCUUACUGUGGUGGAUCCUCAGGGCCCCCAUCCUCACCUCCAUCUUGGUGAACUUCAUCCUGUUUGUUCGCAUCAUCCGAAUCCUGGUUCAGAAACUGCAGCCCCCAGAUGUUGGGAAGAGUAACAGCAGCCCAUAUUCGAGGCUGACCAAGUCCACCCUUCUGUUGAUCCCCCUGUUUGGAGUACACUACACCAUGUUUGCCUUCUUCCCCAACAACUUCAAGGCUGACGUGAAAAUCGUCUUUGAGCUCGUCGUGGGGUCUUUCCAGGGUUUUGUGGUGGCCAUCCUCUACUGCUUUCUCAAUGGUGAGGUGCAGGCAGAGCUGCGGCGGAAGUGGCGGCGCUGGAACCUGAAGGGCAUCUUGGGCCGGGGCCGCAAAUACCAGCACCCGUCAGGAGGCAGCAACGGGGCCACAUACAGCACACAGGUCUCCAUGCUGACCCGCGGCAGCCCCAGUGGGCGUCGCUCCUCCAGCUUCCAGGCCGAAGACUCCCUGCUCUGACUGCCAGGGACCCAGGGCGGCCCCAUCCGCCCGCACCGCACCCACCCAGCCGGGGCGGCCGGGGGCAGAGGCCUGCCCGGGCGAGGCCAGCCCAGGCCCUGGGCUCAGAGGCUGUUCCGGCUCCCCGCCGGCUGGAGAACGCUGCUCUAGAGCCUGCGUGGGGAGAGGAGCGUGCAUAGACCGAUCGGCACUGCUGCUCAGUAAGAAGGAGCCCUGAGAGCUCAUACCCUGGAAGGUGCGGGGUGGAGCUCAGCCGUCAGACUCCUCCUCCAAAGGCCCCCUUGGCCAAUCAAAGGCAAGAAAUUCGCAUACUUUCAAGUGACUCCGCCCCCUCUCGUGACCUAUCAGAGGAAGGUAACCGCCCACCCCCCAGCAAAGCUUUUGGGAACUUGACUGACAGCUCAUGCCCCGAAAGGUCACCCGCUGCCACCACCUCGACAGUGCCUGAAGGCCCACCCUUGCUGUCAAAAUCCUUUGGGUUAAGCAUUGCCAUUCAAGCAUCUCUCUAAAGAUGCAGUCCCCUCCCCCAGUGUCUGCCUCUUAGUUGCCAGCUCCUCAAGGUGAAUGAGUGUCUCUGCCUCAGACAGAUGCGGUCGUGAGAUGGAGUUCUAGUCUGGGGAGCACAGCUAUGUCAUAGUCCCCACUGAAGUGCAGUGGUCCCAGAUGGCUGGAGCAAUUCAAUGGAGACUGCCACCCGCCCUACCCACCCACCUCUAUGGGCUAUGGGAGCUGCCCUUGGCUGCCCGCCUAUGUGCCAACUGUUAGAACCAGGCUCAGAGAUGGACACUCAUCAACCCAGCAAGGUGGGAACUCCUGUGCCUAUUUCACAGAUAAGGAAACUGAGAGUAGGUACCUUGUGAUAGGUCGGCCGGUAUAGGAACACGCAUAGUCAGGCAAGUUAAGAAAGUUUUUAUUGUAAGAGAGAAAAGUAUAUCAGACUGAGUAAAGACUGGUAUAGUCCGGGCUGCCUAAAGGAGACUUGCAGCCCUGAAGAACGGGGUGGGGAGGCUUUUAUUGGGGCUGACGGGAUAGCAUUGUUUGAACAGAAAAUGUUGCUACUGCCUGUAAGCCAGUAGCUGUUUUGUGGUGUUUUCUGUUAUCGCAGGUUUGGCUCUGUCUGCAGGUGCAGGCCAACAGACAUUUUGUUUUCUUGCAGACAUGGCUCUGUCUGUCAAGGUCUCUGAGACCUAACAUUCAGACACCUAACCCCUUGCCUUGUCACACAGCAGGGUUUGAACUCAGGUCUGGUUGAUGGGGAAGUGAAAGCACAGACUCUUAACUGCUGCCUUUUGUAUUUUGUAACAUGCUGGUUAUUUGUAUCACCAUUAAUAUUGUUAUCACUACCAACACCAUUCCCACCCGGCCCUCCCUGGAGUGUGGCUGAGGAGUCCUCUGGCCCAUGUGUCAUCUGGACAAGAACCUGCUAGUUGUGGCAUCCUGUGUGUGCCCUGCACCCCUGUGGCCACAUGGCUUCCUGCCCACACUGCAGCCAGAAGUUCCCCUCACGACUACAAACGUGUGCAACAAUAAAUGUUGGGUG